GCAGCGGAGCCCGGCCGAGGAGCCCGCGAGGGUGCCGGGGUGACAUAGCCGGAGGCGGCCAGGAGGAGAAGGGGGCGCUGCAGGCCGGAAGGAGCAGCAGGGCGGUGUGCGGGCGAUGGAGCGCGCGGUGGAGCCCUGGGGCCCGGAUCUCCAGGGCGCAGAGGAGAGGGAGCAGCUGAGAGGCGCCCGCACAGGUAUAGGGAGAGAGAAUGUGGAGAUUUCUCAGCCGGAUGAGUUUGAACAUACCCCACAGGAGGAUGACUUGGGGUUCAAGGAAGAGGAAGAUUUGGCCCCAGGUCAUGAAGUAGGAAAUGCCUCUCUCAAACCUGAAGGCAUCCAGACCUGGGAUGACUUGUGGGUCCAGAGAGAGGGACCAGGAAAACCUCAGGCUCGGGACAGAGGUCCCCGGCUCCUGGGAGAGCCACGUUGGGGCCAGGCUAGUGAUCGGGCUGCUGUGUGUGGUGAGUGUGGCAAGAGUUUUCGGCAGAUGUCAGAUCUGGUGAAACACCAGCGGACCCAUACAGGGGAGAAGCCUUACAAGUGUGGGGUCUGUGGCAAGGGCUUUGGGGAUAGCUCUGCCCGUAUAAAACAUCAGCGAACUCAUAGUGGUGAGAAGUCCUACAGAGCCCGACCACCAGCCCAAGGCCCCCCAAAGAUUCCUCGGUCCAGGAUCCCGGCUGGUGAACGCCCCACUAUCUGCGGCGAGUGUGGCAAGAGCUUCCGGCAGAGUUCUGACCUGGUGAAACACCAGCGGACACAUACGGGUGAGAAGCCCUACAAGUGUGGCAUCUGUGGCAAGGGCUUUGGUGAUAGUUCUGCUCGCAUAAAGCACCAGCGGACACACCGGGGGGAGCAGCCUCCCCGGCCCGUGGUGCCCAGACGGCAGCCUUCUCGAGCAGCCACAGCAGCCACCCAGGGACCCAGGGCCCAGGACAAGCCGUAUAUCUGCACCGAUUGUGGCAAAAGAUUUGUGCUCAGCUGCAGCCUUCUGAGCCACCAGCGCAGUCACUUGGGGCCCAAACCCUUUGGCUGUGAUGUGUGUGGAAAGGAGUUUGCCCGGGGCUCAGACCUGGUGAAGCACCUGCGGGUGCACACAGGAGAGAAGCCCUACCUGUGCCCUGAGUGUGGCAAGGGCUUCGCUGACAGCUCUGCCCGGGUCAAACACCUCCGCACCCACAGUGGGGAGAGGCCUCACGCCUGCCCAGAAUGUGAUCGCACCUUCAGCCUCAGUUCCACCCUUCUCCGCCACCGCCUCACUCACAUGGAGCCCCAGGACUUCAGCUUCCCAGGCUACCCCCUGGCGCCCCUGAUCCCCAGCCCACCCCCCAGCUCAAGCCCACCCCCACCUCCCCUUGGCACGAGUCCCCCGCUGACACCUCGAAGCCCUUCACAUUCAGGUGAUGGGCCGUUUGGCCUGCCUGGCUUGGAGCCAGAGCCCGGGGGCCCCCAAGCUGGGGAGCCCCCCCCACCACUGGCAGGGGACAAGCCCCACAAGUGCCCUGAGUGUGGCAAGGGCUUCCGCCGAAGCUCGGACCUAGUGAAACACCAUCGCGUGCACACAGGGGAGAAACCCUACCUCUGUCCCGAGUGCGGCAAGGGUUUUGCUGACAGCUCAGCCCGAGUCAAGCACCUCCGUACCCACCGUGGUGAACGGGCUCGGCCACACCCACCAUCCACUCUCCUGAGGCCACACAACCCCCCUGGCCCGGCCCCCACAGCCCCUCGACCCCGAGCCCGAGCCCAGCCCUCCGGACCCAGCCAGCCCCAUGUGUGUGGCUUCUGUGGGAAAGAAUUCCCCCGGAGCUCAGAUCUGGUCAAACACAGGCGUACACACACUGGGGAGAAGCCAUAUAAGUGCGCAGAGUGUGGCAAAGGUUUUGGGGACAGUUCUGCCCGCAUCAAGCACCAGCGUGGGCACUUGGUUCUGAGGCCCUUUGGGACAGGGGAUGGUCGGGCAAGGCCCCUCAAGGAGGAGCCACCAACAGGACUGGAAUGAUGGGGUCCAGUGAAGAUGGAAGCCCAGGAGACCAAAGGGAGGGUGUCUGCUGCUUAAGCAGAGACUAAAGGGCCGGGGAGGUGGUGGGAGGGAGAAGGAGGGGAAGAAGUGGGAGAAAGGAGUGAAUAGAUAGAAAUAGAGAUUGGAGACAAUGACCUUGAAGCUCAGGAAACUGUCCUGGCUGGGCUCAGUCAGGACCUUGACGGUAUGGUCUAUACCCCCAGCUUCUAGAACACUGCCUCAUAUUCUGAAUAGUGUAGGCACUCCAUACUUAUUGAAUGAAUAAACUGGCCUUAGCCUGAGGGCCCUAAAAAAC